CCGGUUUCCGGUGGACCAUCUGUGCUUCCCGCAACUGCUCGUGUGGUUGUUCAGUCUCCUCACGCAAGUCAUAUUCAUCCUCAGUUAGCAACUGUUGCAACUCCCACUACAUGUGGAAAUUGGCGCACACGUCCAACGGCCACUGCGACCUCUUCGGCACCUUACAGCAUAUCUAAUUGUCAGCCUUUACUUCCCUCUCCGUCUCAGUCGCCUUCUACAUCAGGUCAUGCACCUACCGCUAACUCUGCCGGCCAACCGAACAACCAAAAAGCAGUUGCAAUCGCAGCCAUGGCGGCCAAAGCCAAACCGCAAGACAUCGCUCGUGUGAGCCAGGUGAUCAAUUUGGUCAAGGCAACCGGUGCAUCCAGCGAAGAGCAGAAUCGCAGGGUAAAUUGGGUGUACUUUUUCAUCGUUGAUACCCUAAUUUCGUUGAUGCUAUUCUUCGUUUUGGAAUGUUUGGGUGAUCCAUUUCGCAAACAGGCUGGUCUCCGUGCGCAGUCAGCUCAGCGACGCAUGGCUGCUGGUGAUCCAACCACCAGCACUUUAUCCUCAAGCCCAACUCCCGGAGGCGUGGUAGUGACAUCGGCGUUUUCAGACGCGUCACAAACACUACUUGGCUCCACAAAUGCAAAUGUGGUAAUUGUGCCAUCCUCAUCAGCUCCAUCCUCGACUAAUCACACAACUGCGCUUUCUGGCGUUCACCCUCCAAACCUGGUCACCAACAAUCCUUCUGUUUCUGCCCUAUCUGUUGUGACGGCCGCCCCACCCACCCAAUCCACUGUUGUUCCCCAACCAGUUCAGUGGAUCCCUAUCCAACCUCCUGCGUCGGCUAAUCAUCAGCCGGUGAUGACUGCAUCAGUUCUGCAGACUAACCAAGUAGGUUCAGGCACCACAACAUUGCGGUUCCGCACUGUUCCGGGCUCAGCUACAUUGGUGCAGUCACAACCUCAGCCCCAAGUGCAGCACUUCUACAGCACUACUUCGUCUUUGGGCCCUGCCAAUCUUCCGACUUUCACAAACAAUGCUUCCGGCACCGGUAUGUUUGUUUCUGCCACAAACACCAAUAUGGUGCCUGUUGGCGCCCAACAGGUAAUGGGACCUGCACAACGCGCCACGUCGGCUUCCAAUCCUACCUUGACUACGCUGGGGCGUCAAAAUGCAGCACCUCAAGCUGCGAUCGUGCAUUUCCGAUCCCAACAGCAAGCAGUUGGCGGCACUGUGAACUCUGUGCAGCCACACAUUAUUUUAACGAACACGAACGCCCCGGGUCAGCUGCAGCACCAGUCUCAGCCACAGCUUAUAACCACUUCAGGAGGUGGUCGUCAAGUUGUUGCACUGAUGACUCAUCAACAAUCAAGUACCCAUCCAAACGGUUCUGAUCCGAAUACCGGUCUCCUAGAUCCCGGUAACGCUGUUGGUAAUGGUUUGGGCCCAGGAAUCAAGUGA